CGUGAACCUGAUAAAACACACACACACACACUCUUUCACAUUCAACUCUCUCCCUCUCUCUCUCUCUCUGCUUAUUAUUUAUAGAGAGAGAAACAAACAGCUUCAACCCAUAAAUGUCGUCAUCCUCCACUAAGCCCAUUUCAAAACCAGCCCUCAACACACACUCCGAUCACCUUAAAAAACUCACAAAUGACGUCAACAACUCCAGCAAACCGGACUUCCAUAUACUCAAUUCCGGUUCAUCACCGGUUUCACCCUUACAACCCGAACCAACGACCAGCACCAGCACCAGCACCAGCUCCAGCUCAUCCGGGUCGGUUCCGGGUAAAAAUGUUAAAAGAGUCCACUUUCAUGUCGACUCUAAAACAUCACAUUCCGAUUCUUCACCUAGUAGUUCUGGCGGGUCAAAACCCGGUCGAACCCGGUCUAUAUCCAAAGAACGAACCGGAAGCCACCCGCCGGUCCAGUCAAAUAAAAGCUCCGCUACUUCUCCGGCCGUACAUGUUCUUCCGUCAGGUAAUAUCUGUCCGUCGGGAAAGAUACUUAAAACAGGCAUGACGUCAUCCCGGAGCUCAAAAUCAGACAUACUAAGUCACGGAACUUGCAGUUAUGGUCACGGCAGCAUAGUACGAGGAGGGUCUGCCGUAGCCGCCGUUAGUUCGAAUUAUGCGGGAGAAUUGGAUGGUGAAGAGUUGAAGAGGCUGGGAAGGGAACAGUAUAAAAUGGGGAACUUUUUAGAAGCGUUGAGUUACUACAAUGGUGCGAUCGAUAUCGAACCGGAUAAUCCGGUAUACCGGUGUUACCGUGUGGCGGCAUUGAUGGCUUUGUGCAGGUUGAAUGAGGCUGUGAAAGAAUGUGAAGAGGCGAUUAGGUUGGAUUUUGGAUACAUGAGGGCGCAUCGUCGGUUAGGAUCUCUUCUUAUUAGUUUAGGGCAGGUGGAAAACGCGAGAAAACAUAUUUGUAUUCCAGGGUACGAGCCGGAUCAAAACAAGCUCAAAAGGUUGCAGUCAGUCGAAAAGCACUUGAAUAAGUGCGCCGAUUGUAGGAGGGUUCAGGAUUGGGCUGGUGUUAUAAGAGAAUGUGAUGCAGCAAUGGCUUCUGGAGCCUAUUUCUGUCCCCAGCUAUUUGCAUGUAAAGCGGAAGCAUUCUUGAAGCUCGGUCGAGUAGAUGAUGCUAGUGUAAGCCUUUUAAAUAUGCCUAAAUUUGAAGCAUCUUGUAGCUUCUCGUAUUCACAACCAAAGUUUUUCGGGAUCGCUUUCGAAGCAUACCUUUUGUUUGUCCGCGCUCAAGUUGACAUGGCAUUAGGAAGAUUUGAAAAUGCAGUUACUAGCAUUGAGAAAGCAGGACAGAUCGACUCACGCAAUGUCGAGAUUGCGGUUCUGCUUCAAAACUUUAGAGCAGUGUCUGAAGCCCGAGCCCGUGGCAAUGAUCUGUUCAAGUCGGAAAGGUUCACAGAAGCUUGUUCGGCUUACGAUGAAGGGCUUAGGCUCGACCCUUUGAAUCCCGUUCUCUAUUGCAAUCGAGCCGCUUGUUGGUUUAAGCUGGGACAGCUGGAACGAUCUCUCGAUGACUGUAAUCGAGCUCUUCUUAUCCACCCGAAUUACACAAAAGCCCUUCUUCGUAGAGCCGCCACAUACAGUAAGCUUGAUCAAUGGGGUGAAUCUGUGAGAGAUUAUGAAGCGUUGAGGAGAGUGCUUCCUGACGAUAAUGAGAUAGCCGAAUCUUUGUUCCAUGCUCAAGUUGCAUUGAAGAAAUUUCAUGGCGAAGAAGUAUAUAACAUGCAAUUUGGAGGUGAAGUCGAGUCAAUCACGAGUCUUGAUCAGUUCAAAUCUACAGUUUCUUCCACUGGCACUUCUGUUGUUCUUUUCAAAUCAUCAUCCGACCGUCAAUGCAAGAUGAUUUCUCGGUUUUUGGAUACAUUAUGCACCCGCUACCCGUCCAUAAUAUUUCUCAAGGUUGAUGUGGAAGAAAGCUCGGUAAUUGCAAAAACCGAGAAUGUACGUAUUGUUCCAACGAUCAAGAUUUAUAAAAAGGGCAACCGCAUGAAAGAAAUGGUACACCCGAGUCAAGAAGCAUUGGAAUCGUCGGUCAAACAUCAUAACUCCUAAGAUAUUAUCGGUCAAACACGAUGUGCAGAAGAGGAUAACUUGUUGAUUCAUCCCGGUCACCACACGGAAUAAAUCGGACUGCUAAGUACCAUAAACUGGAGCCAACAUGAAGAUGAAGGUGAUGGCCGGCGGGUAAGUUGGUUAAAGAGCUUUCAUACAAGUGAAAUGUGUUAAAUGCAAAAAUAUUAAUUUAAGUCCCAUUUGGAAUAAAUGAUUAUUAACCUUUUGGGACAAUCAUUGUUCAAUUUUUAUUUAAAUAUUAAGUUAUAUCAUUCAUGAAAUAAAUAAUUCAUUAGAUGAGGA